AUGAGUUUUCAACUAUCCUUAAGAGUACUGUCUCUAGCGGCUUCAGUUGAUCGUUAUAAUCAAUCUCAACGACAAGCUAGGACAGAACAAUAUAUCAGCGAUCCAUUCGAAAUGCCUAAUGUUUUGUUUAUCAAAACAUAUAGGUUAACAAAGCCAAUGGUACAAAAUUUAAUUAGAACAUUAAGUCCUGUUAUUCCUAAAUUGAAGAGAAGAGAUGCAUUGAGUGUUAAAGAAAAGGUCCUUAUAGCAUUAGCCUUUUAUGCCACUGGAUCUUAUCAAACACUAGUGGGACAAAGCAAAUACCACUGUGUAAGUCAAUCCACCAUAUCCAGGGCAAUAAGACAAGUUACUAAGGCUUUAAAUAAUCACCACAUAUUUAAAUCUUUUGUUAAAUUUCCCUCUACAAGAGAAGAACGUGAUGUCAUCAAAAGAAGAUUUUACAGAAAAUUUAAAUUGCCUGGAGUACUAGGGUGCAUUGAUGGCACUCAUGUCGCAAUCAUAAGGCCAAAUCAGCAUGAAGAGAGAUAUUUUAAUAGAAAAGGAUAUCACUCUCUUAAUGUAAUGGUUGUAUCGUGGGAUAGGGAAAUUGAAGAACAACUAACAGUAAGACGCAGAGCUCUUGAAAGAGGACUUAAUAUAAGUUCUGACAUCUCAAGACAGGAACAGGGAAAUAGGAGACCUAAUUUAGAUUUACUGGAAGGUCAAACUGUUCAAAGAGCUCUGAUUAAUCGGUUAUGGCAACAAAGAGAAACCUAA